UUUCUCGAUGCUAAUCUUAACUGAGAGACUUUUAGGCAGUUAACUCUUCCAGCACACCAAUAAGUAGCUUGUUAGUAGAUGUUAUCUCACGUUGAUUUGUGACUCUUCAGAUUUACUGUGCUUGCAAAACACCUGUCUGUAUUUGAGCCUUGCUCGGUGAUUGGCUUUUGUGUUUGAAGGUUUGUUCCAGCGAAAGCAGAUAGCUAUUGGAAAAAGAGAAGAGGGAAAAGAAAGAGUCAGCAAAUUUCUGUAUGCUUUCAUGGAAGAGAUUUCCCAAUUAGAAGGCUUUUUGUAGGCUUAACCUUUUUGUCCUGAAGUAACCUAGCAUUUCAUUAUGUAUUCCAUUGAGGUUUUGGAGCUCUGUGCCAGAAAGCAAGGACCAAGGUUGAAUGUGAAAAGAAUAUUGAGAGGUGAAGCUCUUAGUCAACAAAGUGCUGCUUCUUAGGGUUGCUAUCAAGAUCAUAGAUAAGACCCAGUUGGACGAAGAAAACUUAAAGAAGAUUUUCCGAGAGGUUCAAAUUAUGAAGAUGCUUUGCCACCCCCAUAUCAUCAGGCUUUACCAGGUUAUGGAGACAGAGCGGAUGAUUUAUCUGGUGACAGAAUAUGCUAGUGGAGGGGAAAUAUUUGACCACCUGGUGGCUCAUGGUAGAAUGGCAGAAAAGGAGGCCCGUCGGAAGUUUAAACAGAUCGUCACAGCCGUCUAUUUUUGUCACUGUCGGAACAUUGUUCAUCGUGAUUUAAAAGCUGAAAAUUUGCUUCUGGAUGCCAAUCUGAAUAUCAAAAUAGCAGAUUUUGGCUUUAGUAACCUCUUCACUCCUGGGCAGCUGCUGAAGACCUGGUGUGGUAGCCCUCCUUAUGCUGCACCUGAACUCUUUGAAGGAAAAGAAUAUGAUGGGCCCAAAGUGGACAUCUGGAGCCUUGGAGUUGUCCUCUACGUGCUUGUGUGUGGUGCCCUGCCGUUUGAUGGGAGCACGCUGCAGAAUCUGCGGGCCCGGGUGCUGAGUGGAAAGUUCCGCAUCCCAUUCUUUAUGUCCACAGAAUGUGAGCACUUGAUCCGCCACAUGCUGGUGUUAGACCCGAAUAAGCGCCUCUCCAUGGAGCAGAUCUGCAGGCACAAGUGGAUGAAGCUCGGGGACACGGACCCCAACUUUGACAGGUUAAUCGCUGAAUGUCAACAACUAAAAGAAGACAGACAGUCGGACGCCCUGAAUGAGGAUGUUCUCCUGGCCAUGGAGGACAUGGGAUUGGACAAAGAGCGGACAUUACAGUCAUUAAGGUCAGAUGCCUAUGAUCACUAUAGUGCAAUCUACAGCCUGCUGUGUGAUCGACAUAAGAGACAUAAAACCCUGCGCCUCGGAGCACUUCCUAGCAUGCCCCGAGCCAUGGCCUUUCAAGCACCAGUCAAUAUCCAGGCGGAGCAGGCAGGUACCACCAUGAACAUCAGCGUUCCCCAGGUGCAGCUGAUCAACCCAGAGAACCAAAUCGUGGAGCCGGAUGGGACACUGAAUUUGGACAGUGAUGAAGGAGAAGAGCCAUCCCCUGAAGCGCUGGUCCGCUAUCUGUCAAUGAGGAGGCACACAGUGGGUGUGGCUGACCCACGCACGGAAGUAAUGGAAGAUCUGCAGAAGCUCCUACCUGGCUUUCCUGGAGUCAACCCGCAGGCUCCAUUCCUCCAGGUGGCCCCUAACAUGAACUUCAUGCACAACCUGUUGCCCAUGCACAAUUUGCAACCAACAGGGCAGCUUGAGUACAAGGAGCAGUCUCUACUGCAGCCUCCUACCCUGCAGCUACUCAAUGGGAUGGGCCCCCUUGGCCGGAGGGCAUCAGAUGGAGGAGCUAACAUCCAGCUGCAUGCCCAGCAGCUACUGAAGCGCCCACGGGGACCCUCCCCACUUGUCACCAUGACACCAGCAGUGCCAGCAGUUACCCCUGUGGACGAGGAGAGCUCAGAUGGGGAGCCAGAUCAGGAAGCUGUGCAGAGGUACUUGGCUAAUAGGUCCAAAAGACAUACACUGGCUAUGACCAACCCUACAGCUGAGAUUCCACCGGACCUACAACGGCAGCUAGGACAGCAGCCUUUCCGUUCCCGGGUCUGGCCUCCUCACCUGGUACCUGAUCAGCAUCGCUCUACCUACAAGGACUCCAACACCCUGCACCUCCCUACGGAGCGUUUCUCCCCCGUGCGCCGGUUCUCAGAUGGGGCUGCAAGCAUCCAGGCCUUCAAAGCUCACCUGGAAAAAAUGGGCAACAACAGCAGCAUCAAACAGUUGCAGCAGGAGUGUGAGCAGCUGCAGAAGAUGUACGGGGGGCAGAUGGAUGAGAGAACCCUGGAGAAGACCCAACAGCAGCAUAUGCUCUACCAGCAGGAGCAGCACCAUCAAAUUCUCCAGCAACAAAUUCAAGAUUCUAUCUGUCCUCCUCAGCCUUCUCCACCUCUUCAGACGGCAUGUGAAAACCAGCCAACCCUUCUUACCCACCAGCUCCAGAGGUUAAGGAUUCAGCCUUCAAGCCCACCCCCCAACCACCCCAACAACCAUCUCUUCAGGCAACCCAGUAAUAGUCCUCCCCCCAUGACCAGUGCCAUGAUCCAGUCUCACGGUGCUGCUUCUCCUUCACAGUUUCAAGGCUUAUCCUCCCGCAGUACAAUCUUCCAUCAGCAGCCUGAAAACUGCUCCCCUCCACCCAACGUGGCACUGACCUGCUUGGGCCUGCAGCAGCCUACCCAGUCACAGCAGGUGACCAUUCAAGUACAAGAGCCUGUUGACAUGCUCAGCAACAUGCCAGCCGCAGGCUCCACUGGGCGGGGCAUCUCCAUCAGCCCCAGUGCCAGUCAGAUUCAGAUACAGCACCGUACCAAUCUAAUGGCCACCUUCAGCUAUGGGCACCGGCCCUUGUCCAAGCAGCUGAGUGCUGACAGUGCAGAGGCUCACAGCUUGAACGUGAAUCGGUUCUCCCCUGCUAACUACGACCAGGCGCAUUUACACCCCCAUCUGUUUUUGGACCAGUCCCGGGGUUCCCCCAGCAGCUACAGCCCUUCAACAGGAGUGGGGUUCCCUCCAACCCAAGCCCUGAAAGUCCCUCCACUUGACCAAUUCCCCACCUUCCCUCCCAGUGCACAUCAGCAGCCGUCACACUAUACCACAUCGGCACUACAGCAGGCCCUGCUGUCCCCCACGCCUCCAGACUACACGAGACACCAGCAGGUACCUCACAUCCUUCAGGGACUGCUGUCUCCCCGGCAUUCGCUCACUGGCCAUUCGGACAUUCGGCUGCCCCCAGCAGAGUUUGCACAACUCAUUAAAAGGCAGCAGCAACAGCGCCAGCAGCAGCAGCAGCAGCAGCAGCAGCACGAGUACCAAGAAUUAUUCAGGCAAAUGAACCAAGGGGACGCGGGGAGUCUGGCUCCCAGUCUUGGGGGACAGAGCAUGACAGAGCACCAGGCUUUAUCAUAUCAAAAUGCUGACUCCUAUCACCACCAUCACACCAGCCCCCAGCAUCUGCUACAAAUCAGGGCACAAGAAUGUAUCUCCCAGGUUUCCUCACCCACCCCGACCCAUGGGUACGUUCAUCAGCCGACACUGAUGCAUUCAGAGAGCAUGGAAGAGGACUGCUCACGUGAGGGGGCCCAGGAUGGCUUUCCAGACAGUAAGAGCUCAAGUACACUGACCAAAGUGUGCCGUGAUAGCCCCCUGCUCUUGAGCACCGGUGGACCUGGGGACCCUGAAUCUUUGCUAGGAACUGUGAGUCAUGCCCAGGAAUUGGGGAUACAUCCCUACGGACAUCAGCCGGCUGCUGCAUUCAGUAGAAAUAAGGUGCCCAGCAGAGAGUCUGUCAUAGGGAACUGCAUGGAUAGAAGUUCUCCAGGACAAGCAAUGGAACUGCCAGGCCACAAUGGGCUCGGGUACCCAGCACGUCCCUCAGUGCAUGAGCACCACAGGCCUCGGACCCUCCAGAGACACCACACGAUCCAGAACAGCGACGACGCCUAUGUACAGCUGGAUAACUUGCCAGGCAUGAGUCUCGUGGCUGGGAAAGCACUCAGUUCUGCCCAGAUGUCAGAUGCAGUUCUCAGUCAGUCUUCACUCAUGGGCAGCCAGCAGUUUCAGGAUGGGGAAGAUGAGGAAUGUGGGGCAAGUCUGGGAAGUCAUGAGCACCCAGACCUGAGUGAUGGCAGCCAGCAUUUAAACUCCUCUUGCUAUCCAUCUACGUGUAUUACAGACAUUCUGCUCAGCUACAAGCACCCGGAGGUCUCCUUCAGCAUGGAGCAGGCGGGCGUGUAACCAGAAACAGAGUUUUGUGUACAGCUUGGGAAUUAAAAGGUUGAUUUUAAACCAACAGUAUCUAGCAGCGUCGCGCCAAAUUGCCAUUGUGUUUCCCUCCACCCAGAAUCUCAUGGCUCCUCCCCUCACGUUUGGUUCAUCAGCGUGCUAUUCUUUCGGGUUCUAAGGGGAUUUUGCCAUAUUUGCUUGUAUGACCAAGUCAUCCAGGAAAUAAACAGGAAAUCCAUGUUCUCCAUCUUUUGUGAAAGUGUAUUUGAGUUGGCGGGUUUUUUUGUUUUGUUUUGGUAUAUUUUCUUUCAGAUGUGAUUUACUUUUUUUUUUUUUUUUGGUGGGGGGUUGUUUUGUUUUCUUUUUUCCUUUCUUUCCUUUUUUUGAGACAGGAGAGCAAAGCAGUUAAAGUUCAGAGACCAGGGGCCUGAGGGCCACUUCCUCCCUUGCCUCUGUCAACAAAGCCCCCUCCAUUCCUCUUCACUGCUCUCCCACAGGAGCAAAUACUAAAAGACAACAUCCUCUGGAAUCUUAGUGGCCAGGAAAAGGAGAGAGGAAUGGCGAUGGCCUCUGGCACUUAGACAACUAAGAGAGAGCAAAGGAAGACAGACCCCACGCCUGGAACCGAGAGAAGUCUUAACUGCUGGGAUCCACUGAAAAACACGUCUAGUCCAGCUGGAUCCCAUCAAGACUUAGCAAGGAGGCUGAGAGUGACCCCGGCUUGAUGGGCUCCAGUUGAGUCUCCUCUCUGGUGUAGGACUCAGCUCCCCUCUUGUAACCUGGAAAGUCAGUUGCCUUCACCAUCCACUGGUUCUACCAUGGACUCAACACCACACAGUGGUGGACUGUGCUUUCCGUGUCCUCGUUCAUUCUCGUUUUAUAUCGUGCUGUAAAAGGAUCGUUUCUCCAUAUAAUUACAUAUAUCACUAUACCAUGCAUAUAAUAUAUAUAUACGUCUCACACGUAUAUAUGUUAUAUAUAUGUAUGCUUUUCUCUUUUAGCCUCUUUGUCAGAAGCAAGAAGCAUAGGAGGUUGUCCCGGGUCCUGCCUCUCUCCUAACCGCCGCCUCCUUCCUGGGCAUCCUCAGCCCCUAUAUUUUAACACUUGAUCAUGUAGGAAUUGUUUUUGAUAAAUGUUGAUAUUAUUGUUAUUAUUAUUAUUAAUAAAUAAAGAUAAAGGGAUUUUGUUUGAAAGAGAAAUGUUUAACCAGAUUCUGUUCUAUUUGAAUUGUGACUUGCACCUUCUAUCCAGGGCGUUUCCUUUCGGCGUUGUAAUCGUGAGCUCCUCUUACUCGUGCCCGUGGCAGAUGCAGUGGUCUCCUUUCCCAGCUGAAGCAGUGCAUACGCAAUAGCUAUUGUCGUUGUCAUUAUCUUUAUUUCUCUCCAUUGAUAGAAACCAAAGUCUUCUCUGCUGGCUAGGGGCUGAGAGAGGAUCUGGGUUAUCUCCUUCUGAUCUUCAAAACAAGAGAGAGACAUUAAAUAUUCUAACUCUCAAUCAUUUUCUCUGGAAAAAGAGUAAGAGGUCCCGAGUCCCCUCCUACUCUUUCAUCUUGAAUUUGCACAGAAGAAAGAAGGUGCCAGGCAUGGCCAUCCUGGUGUUGCUGGCAGGGUCCCCAUGCAGCUUGUCCUUUUCCACUGAUACUGGCAGCUCAGCUCCUGGUCCCAACAUCCCUCGUGGAUUUCUACAGUGCAAGAACCUUUCUUGGGAUCUGUCCUGUGUUUCCACAGUCCCCAGUCUUCCCUCCACUUGGUGGGGUCACCAACUACUCAUGAGGAGGCUUACCAAGAAAGCCCUGAAAGCUAUUGUUGGACUUCUGGGCUUGUUCCAGCUCUGAUGCCCCUCGUGCGCCCUCCCACCACCACAUGCUCAGCCUGAUCUGUUUACAAGGUACUGUACGUAUGGGAGAGCCGACUGCACCUCUAGCAACCACCCAGACGAAAGCCAGUGAGCCUAUUAACCGUGCCAUCUUGCAAACUACACUUUAAAAAAAUCAUUGCUUUGUAUUGUAGUAACCAAUAUGCGCAGUAUAUGUUGAAUGUAUAUGAACAUACUUUCCUAUUUCUGUUCUUUGAAAAUGUCAGAAGUAUUUUUUUCUUUCUCAUUUAUGUUGAACUAAAAAAGGAUUAAAAAAAACUCCAGA